GAACAACGCAUGAUCUGUAAGUGUGUUCUCGUAGGUGGAACCUCUGCGAGCAGUGGCGGAAACCACUUAAUUCCCUCGUCAACAUUCGAUAAUCAAGGACAAACUGGUAAAUGGAUCAAGGGAGGCAGGUGUUCACAGUGGACCUUCUGGAACGAUAUGCUGCAAAAGGACGCGGAGUCAUCACAUGCAUGGCUGCUGGAAAUGAUGUCAUUGUGAUUGGAACCAGCAGAGGAUGGGUCAUUCGCCAUGAUUUUGGGGUUGGCGAUUCGUUUGACAUUGAUCUCUCCGCGGGUCGUCCUGGGGAUCAGUCAAUCCACAGGGUUUUUGUCGAUCCUGGAGGGAGUCACUGUAUUGCCACUGUUGUUGGUCCCGGGGGAGCUGAAACUUUCUAUACUCACGCCAAAUGGACCAAGCCACGGGUAUUGGGCAAGAUGAAAGGCCUUGUUGUAAAUGCUGUUGCAUGGAACAGGCAGCAGAUAACUGAAGUUUCCACGAAGGAAGUCAUUCUUGGUACAGAAAAUGGUCAACUUCAUGAGCUGGCUGUGGAUGAGAAGGACAAGAAAGAGAAGUAUAUCAAAUUUCUCUUUGAAUUAACCGAACUUUCAGAAGCUUUUAUGGGUUUGCAGAUGGAAACAGCUAGCAUAAUCAAUGGGACUAGAUAUUAUGUGAUGGCUGUUACUCCUACUCGGCUUUACUCUUUCACUGGCUUUGGUUCACUGGAAACUGUUUUUUCAAGUUAUUUAGAUCGCACGGUACAUUUCAUGGAACUUCCUGGUGACAUUCCAAACAGUGAGUUGCAUUUUUACAUUAAGCAACGAAGAGCUGUACAUUUUGCAUGGCUUUCUGGAGCUGGUAUUUACCAUGGUGGCUUAAAUUUUGGAGGACAGCAGAGCUCUUCAAGUGGAAAUGAAAAUUUUAUUGAGAACAAGGCCCUUUUGGACUACUCCAAAUUGUCUGAAGGAGCUGAAGUAGUUAAACCAAGUUCAAUGGCUUUGUCUGAGUUCCAUUUCUUGUUACUUUUAGGGAAUAAGGUCAAGGUUGUAAACAGAAUUAGUGAGAACAUCGUUGAGGAACUUCAGUUUGAUCAAACUUCAGAUUCAGCAUCAAAGGGUAUUAUUGGAUUGUGUAGUGAUGCCACGGCUGGUUUAUUUUAUGCAUAUGAUCAAAACUCUAUCUUUCAGGUGUCUAUCAAUGAUGAAGGACGAGAUAUGUGGAAAGUAUAUCUUGACAUGAAAGAAUAUGCUGCUGCUUUAGCAAAUUGUCGUGAUCCUUUUCAAAGGGACCAAGUAUAUUUAGUGCAGGCUGAAGCUGCGUUUUCUUCUAAAGAUUAUUUUAGAGCCGCAUCUUUCUAUGCCAAAAUCAAUUAUAUUUUAUCAUUCGAGGAGGUCACAUUGAAAUUCAUUAGUGCCAGUGAACAGGAUGCUUUGAGAACUUUCUUAUUGCGGAAGCUUGAUAAUUUAGAAAAGAAUGACAAAUGUCAAAUAACAAUGAUAUCCACUUGGGCAACUGAAUUAUACCUGGACAAGAUAAAUCGACUGCUCUUGGAGGAUGACUCUGCUUUGGAGAAUAGCAAUUCAGAGUACCAAUCAAUUAUUAAAGAGUUUCGUGCUUUUCUAAGUGAUAGCAAGGAUGUAUUGGAUGAAACAACUACAAUGAAACUUUUAGAAAGUUAUGGAAGGGUUGAAGAAUUGGUAUAUUUUGCUAGCUUAAAAGGGCAGUAUGAGAUUGUAGUGCAUCAUUACAUUCAGCAAGGAGAAGCAAAAAAAGCAUUGCAAGUGCUUCAGAAACCUUCUGUACCUAUAGAUCUGCAGUAUAAGUUUGCUCCAGACCUUAUUGCUCUUGAUGCAUAUGAAACCGUGGAGUCAUGGAUGGCAACAAAGAAUCUGAACCCAAGGAAACUGAUUCCUGCAAUGAUGCGUUACUCAAGUGAACCACAUGCAAAGAAUGAGACACAUGAAGUCAUUAAAUAUCUUGAAUAUUGUGUUCAUAGAUUGCAUAAUGAAGAUCCUGGAGUUCAUAACCUGCUACUUUCUUUAUAUGCAAAGCAGGAAGAUGAUAGUUCACUUCUACGUUUCCUACAAUGCAAAUUUGGUAAAGGACCAGAAAAUGGUCCUGAGUUCUUCUAUGAUCCUAAGUAUGCCUUACGACUUUGCCUCAAGGAAAAACGAAUGCGUGCAUGUGUUCAUAUAUACAGUAUGAUGUCUAUGCAUGAAGAAGCAGUUGCUCUUGCCCUACAGGUUGAUCCAGAGCUUGCUAUGGCUGAAGCUGAUAAGGUUGAAGAUGAUGAGGAUUUGAGAAAGAAGCUCUGGCUCAUGAUUGCUAAGCAUGUUGUUGAACAAGAAAAAGGAACUAAGAGGGAAAACAUAAGGAAGGCAAUUGCAUUUCUUAAAGAAACUGAUGGCCUGCUAAAGAUUGAGGAUAUAUUACCAUUCUUUCCAGAUUUUGUCCUGAUUGAUGACUUCAAGGAGGCUAUCUGCUCGUCAUUGGAGGAUUACAAUAAGCAAAUUGAACAGCUGAAGGAAGAGAUGAAUGAUGCAACUCGUGGUGCUGACAACAUCAGGAAUGAUAUCAGUGCACUUGCUCAAAGAUGCACUGUUAUUGAUCGAGAUGAGGAUUGUGGGGUUUGUCGGAGGAAAAUUUUAACCGCUGGCAGGGAGUUCGGCAUGGGUCAUGGUUAUACAUCAGUUGGACAAAUGGCUUCAUUUUAUGUCUUUCCAUGUGGACAUGCGUUCCAUGCACAAUGCCUGAUUGCCCAUGUGACUCGUUGUACAGUUGAGGCUCAGGCUGAGUAUAUCCUGGAUCUGCAGAAGCAACUUACUUUGAUGGGCAGUGAAGCGAGGAGAGAAUCUAAUGGUACCCUUUCUUCAGAGGAGUCCAUUCCUAGCAUGACCACUGUAGAUAAGCUCCGAUCACAACUAGAUGAUGCUAUAGCUAGUGAAUGCCCAUUUUGUGGUGACUUGAUGAUCCGAGAGAUCUCUCUGUCUUUUAUCCAUCCCGAGGAAGAGCAACAUGUGUUAUCAUGGGAGAUCAAACCAAAUGUUGCUGGAAGCCAGAGAAGUAUCUCCUUACCUUCAUGAUUUUGAAUUUGCUUGUAUUGUGUGAAGAAUGUAUUUACAGGGCUGUUGUCAAAGCUCAGUGUGGUUGUGAAUCUUGCAAUUCUUUUUUUUUUUUAAAUUUACAUUUUGCUCCCUUUUUGUUAUGCGAUUGGCUCUCUAAUUUGGUGAUUACAAGGAAAUUGUUACCCCAAUCCCACUGUAAAUUAUGUACCUUGUUGUAACUUACCUUUGCAUCCUUUUUUGGGUCCUAGAAAGCAUUCGACACUUCAUUUAAUUUCUUAGCUAUGUAGUGUUCUGCCUUUACCUUUGCAAAUAAGAACACUGGCAAAAGAGUCUAAGAG